AUGGCACUUUUCUCAACUAACCUCAAAGUUCUUGCCAUUCAUCAUCACACCAUUCUUCUUGAUCAAAUUCAGCAAAUGUGUGACCACUGUAAUUAUCUACUAACCAAAUGCACUUCACCUUUUUAUGCUCUUCAUCUUCUUGCGCAAAGAAAUCAUUAUUUUGAUAUCAUGUUGAUUGAUGUUGGAAUUCCAAGCAUGGAUUCAUUUGAGUUUCUUAGAUAUGUAACCCUACAACACAACAUCCCUGUCAUUGUCAUUUCUUCUGAUGACACAAUCAGUUCGGUAAUAAAGUCUAUACUUCACGGGGCUUGUGAUUACUGGGUUCAACCUUUACAUGAAAAACAUUUCAAGACCAUGUGGCAGCACGUUGCCAGAAAAACAUUGUUUGAAAAUAAAGAACCUGGAGUUCUUGGAUUCUUGGAUGCACAAAGUCAUAAAGAACCUGAAGUUGUUGGAUUGUUGAAAGCACAAAGCCCUAAAGAAUCUGAAGUUGUUGAUAUCUUGGAGGCUCCUCAGCAUGAAAGAAAAUGUGAGAGAGAAGAUGGUAAUCCUCCAAAAGAAAAAAGUGCAAAAAAGAGUCGGUUAUCAUGGACACCACAAUUGCAUCAACAGUUUGUAAAUGCUGUUAACCAACUUGGCAUUGAUGAGGCAAAACCAAGAAAGAUUCUGAAAAUAAUCGAUGUUUGUGGUUUAACAACAGCUCAGGUUGCAAGUCAUUUGCAGAAGUAUAGAGACUAUUUCAAGAGAACACCUUGUGGAAAAAAGUCAAAGAGAAGUCCAAGAAUUGACACUCCAACUGAGUGUAUUAAUAUAACACCAUCAGAAACUGAACAUUCUAACUCAAUCUUACAUCAGGACCAAAGUUCUCAACUGAAGUCAACUACCCUUCAAAGUGAUAAUAUCUCUGAAACACAACAACAUUCAAAUGAUGUUAUUAACUAUCAAGUUUCUGACAUUGGCUACAUUUAUGAAGCACAGCAUCAUGUUGGUGAUAAUCAAGUUUCCGACAUCAUAAACAACGAUUUUCCUGGUGCAUCUGACGUGCUCUUAGAUUAUGAUGAGUUAAUAUCAUUAUUAGAUUGA